AUGCACGUGUGACUGGACAGAUUUGGGUUCUUUCCAUUUCUCUGAAGCCCUUGCUGGGGACGAGCGAGCUGCGUUUUUCGGUCCUGACUUUUGGGAAGCUCUCCAGAUCCCCCCAUCCUGCAGGCCCUGAGAAGAGCAGCCCCUCCCUACUGCGCAGUUCUCCUUGGGACCCUGUAUGUAGGCGAGAGCUGAUACUCCAUGCCCCGUGGCCCAUCCCACCGCCUGCUGGCCAUGCUCCCAUCGCCUCAGCCUCCUCCUUCCUCUGUCCUCUCCCUCAUCUCUGAAUUCUCAGGCCCUGCCCUCUCUGUGCCCUUCCCUCCACCUGACAGGGUCCGGCUCAAGGUCACUGCAGUAAUUCCAUCUCCAGCUGCCCAGGGCUGCUGCUGCUACCGCCACUGCCUUAUCGGCCGCUGAGUUUCUGUUUCACUCCCUUUUAUUUCUGGGCAUAUUGUGUUCGAUAAAACCCUUUGCUUGUAACACUGCUGGCAGCGCUCCCAGCUGCUCCCUCCCGCGUUCCUUCCUUUCCUCCUCCCCUCUCUGUGCUCUGGCAGCCUCACCGUGUUCCCUCAAACUCCAGAGAAGGAAUAUCAAGGUGCCUCCUCAUGUUUCUGACCCCACACUUCCCCCCAGCCCCUGCAGGGGUGUGCAGAGAAUGCCCACCUCCUGUGAGAAAGGUCCAGGCAGGGCCGCUGGGCCCACACUGAGAGUCCCCUUCCAGAGGCUGGUGCCCCUACCUGGGCCGGGCCGGAGGGCCAGGGCAGCCAGGUCCAGGUAGGGCUCUGGUGGAGUCAGUGCUCGACUGGUUCUGCUACUUCCAGUGGCCAGCCGGUAGGGGUGUGCGCUGGGCGGGCUUUGGUGCACAUCAUUUCCCAUCUUGACUCUGCCACCCCCAGCCACGGGAUGGGGAGGUGAAGGCAGGUCUGAGUCACUAGCAAGGGGGAGGGCAGGAGUUAAACAAGUUGUGGCGGUGGCAUCCCCACAGAAGGCCCACCACCCGCUGGAAGGAAAGACAGACAGGAGACAAAAGCCCCAUGUGGAACCCAAGGACGCAGCUGCUUUGCUGAGAACACAGCGGCCCAUCCUUCGAGACCGUGACCUCACCACAGUGGCCCUCAGCCCUCCAUAUCCAGUGGGGGCGAGGGCCACCCACCUCCAAGUCUCCAGCCAUGACGACCUCCGCGCUCCGGCGCCAGGUGAAGAACAUCGUGCACAACUAUUCCGAGGCGGAAAUCAAGGUGCGCGAGGCCACCAGCAAUGACCCCUGGGGCCCCCCCAGUUCGCUUAUGUCCGAGAUCGCUGACCUGACCUUCAACACAGUGGCUUUCACCGAGGUCAUGGGCAUGCUGUGGCGGCGGCUCAAUGACAGCGGCAAGAACUGGCGGCACGUGUACAAGGCUCUGACAUUGCUGGACUACCUGCUCAAGACAGGCUCUGAGCGGGUGGCCCACCAGUGCCGCGAGAACCUCUACACCAUCCAGACACUCAAGGACUUCCAGUACAUUGACCGCGAUGGCAAGGACCAGGGUGUCAACGUGCGCGAGAAGGUCAAGCAAGUGAUGGCCCUGCUCAAGGAUGAGGAGCGGCUGCGGCAGGAGCGAACCCAUGCCCUCAAGACCAAGGAGCGCAUGGCACUGGAGGGCAUCGGCAUUGGCAGUGGGCAGCUGGGCUUCAGCCGCCGCUACGGCGAGGACUACGGCCGCUCCCGGGGCUCCCCGUCCUCCUACAACUCCUCCUCUUCGUCACCCCGCUAUACCUCCGACCUGGAGCAGGCCCGGCCUCAGACAUCAGGGGAAGAGGAACUGCAGCUGCAGCUGGCCCUAGCCAUGAGCCGUGAGGAGGCAGAGAAGCCUGUCCCCCCAGCCUCCCACAGGGAUGAGGACCUGCAGCUGCAGCUGGCUCUGCGCCUGAGCCGGCAGGAGCACGAGAAGGAGGUGAAAUCCUGGCGGGGUGAUGGCUCCCCCAUGGCCAAUGGUGCAGGGCCUGCCGUCCACCAUCGGCGGGACAGAGAGACCGAGAGAGAAGAGAAAAAGGAGGAAGAGAAACUAAAAACCAGCCAGUCCUCCAUCCUGGACUUGGCUGACAUCUUCGUACCUGCCCUGGCCCCGCCCUCCACACACUGCUCUGCUGACCCAUGGGACAUCCCAGGUUUUAGGCCGAACACAGAGACCAGUGGCUCCUCCUGGGGGCCUUCUGCAGACCCCUGGUCUCCGAUCCCCUCAGGAACCAUCCUGUCCCGAAGCCAGCCCUGGGAUCUGACUCCCAUGCUCUCCUCCUCUGAGCCCUGGGGCAGGACCCCAGUGCUGCCUGCUGGGCCCCCCACCACAGACCCCUGGGCACUGAACUCUCCCCACCACAAACUCCCCAGCACUGGGGCUGACCCUUGGGGAGCCUCCAUUGAGACCUCCGACACACCUGCUGUAGGUGCUGCCUCGGCCUUUGACUCAUUUGCCAAACCUCCAGAAUCCACAGAGAUCAAGGAGGGGCUGGAGCAGGACCUGCCCUCUGGGAAGCCCAGCAGCCCUGCGGAGCUGGACCUGUUUGGAGAUCCCAGCCCCAGUUCCAAGCAAAAUGGCACGAAGGAGCCAGAUGCCCUGGACCUGGGCAUACUAGGGGAAGCACUAAUCCAGCCAAGCAAAGAGGCCCGAGCUUGCCGGACUCCAGAGUCCUUCCUGGGCCCCUCGGCCUCUUCCUUGGUCAACCUUGACUCGUUGGUCAAGGCACCCCAGGCUGCAAAGGCCCGGAACCCCUUUCUGACAGGUCUCAGCGCUCCGUCCCCCACCAACCCGUUCGGCGCGGGCGAGCCGGGCAGGCCAACGCUAAACCAGAUGCGCACGGGGUCGCCGGCGCUGGGCCUGGCGGGCGGGCCCGUGGGGGCGCCCCUGGGCUCCAUGACCUACAGCGCCUCUCUGCCCCUCCCGCUCAGUAGCGUGCCAGCCGGCUUGACCCUCCCUGCCUCGGUUAGCGUCUUCCCGCAGGCCGGAGCCUUCGCACCGCCCCCAACGGGCCUGCCGCAGCCGCUGCUGCCCACGCCGAGCUCAGCCGGGCCGCUGGCCCCGCCCCCGCAGACCGGCACGAACCCCUUCCUCUGAGCGCCACCCCGCCGCGGGCCGGCCUGCGCAUGCGCCAGGCGCCCCGCGGCCCCGCCUCCGGACCCGGGGCUGGGGCGGGGCGCGGGUGCUAGUGGGUCGCUGAACCAGUGGCGGCUGGAAUCACGCGGGGGCUCCAGAAGCUGGACAUGGACCACGGCCCGGGAGCUAGAGACUGAACGCCCGCAUAAUAAAGACUGGAACCCUAGUUCUCAGCUGUCACCAAGUGGACUUUUUGCGAGGUGUGGCGGCCGGGUCUCGACCACAGCGUGGAUCACCGGCUGUCUAGGAAACUGCAGCUGCACAACGCGGGGUGCAAAACUGCCCCCGCUUCCUUUACAGCUCCUCUCAACCCUCACCUCCAUCCCCCGUCACCCAGGCACCUUCGCUUCCAGACGCUCCCAGGCUGUCACUCAAUUCGGUCAUUUCAUUCAUUUAUCACACAUGGGCACUGGGGCUGAGCUAACAGCAAGAGACAAUAGGCCUUUGUUCCUAUUUAUUGGGUACUGCUUAUGUGCUAAGCAGAUCAGCUUAUUUAAUCCUUGCAACGACUCUCUGAGGUAGACGAUAUUGUUAAUUCCGUUCGGGACCCUGGCUACAUAAUUUGUGGGGCUCAAUACAAAAUGAAAAUGUGAGGGCUCCUUGUUCAAAAUCGUGUGAAGAAUUUCAAAACAGGGACAGCAGAGCAGGAAACCAAGUGCAAAGCCCACUGCAGGGCGAUUGCACAGAUCUCUCACCUUGCAGCCGGUACUACUCCCAUUUUUCAGGCAAGGAAACCGAGGCUCACGUUAAAUGGCAUGCUCAAAGUCACAAAGCUGACAUGGGGCGGGGCUGGAACUCAGAGUCAGACAGUCUGGCUCCAAGGCCAGGAGCUCCCAGGCAGGGCCCCAGAAUUAAUUCAGCAAAUAUUGACUGACUGCUGUGGACAAAGUGCUGGGCUCACCUGGGAAGGAUCCAACCUCCAGGAGCUUGAGCGCAGCAGGGUAGACAAGCCAGGGGGCAGCAGGGUAGACAAGUCAGGGGCACGUGAUGCGGCUGUGGCAGGAGCCAAGUGCAGGAACUCCCAGGCUCCUUUGUUUUACUGAGUCACCUUAAAUCUAACUCUGCCUUCUCCCUUGCUUCACCAAGGCUGGUGAGAAACUCAGUCUCAGCCACAGAGGGGGAAUCAGACCCCUUCUAGGGGUUUAUGUGGAGUCUGGGAAACCAAGGGUGGGGUGAGGCCUGGUACUCAAUCCAGGAGGGGCCCCUAUGACCAGCCUUGCCUCUUUUUCUUCUCAAUGCUCCCUGAUCACUGGACCACUGGACACUGAUGUGUCCUCAGUGCUUGGGGCCUGGCUCUGCAGGCAGCCUGCAGCCAGCCCCCAUCCCCUUUAGGGACAAAUGACCUUCCACCAAAGUCGGUGAGUGAAGGGACACAAUGCCACUCCCCUUCCUAAGGUGGGGGUAGAGGAAGGGAGUCCCACAAUGGCAGUUACAGACAGGAUGGACAAGAACACCUGCUCAGGAGUCAAACUGACAGGGCUCAAAGUUCUGCUCCAAGGUUUGACCCUGACAAGAAUCACUUAGUAAUAAGUGGUUAUGCUCUGUGACCUUGAGUAAAUUACUUACCCUCUCCCUG